AUGGGUUAUAUAUUUUUCUCGCUUGCCAAACCAUUUGAUAUGGAUCCGGAAACAUUGAUGUAUUUUGUUUCAUUUUACACUGGCGUCUAUUGCGUGAAUAUUUCUUUACUUGCAGUUCAGUUUAUAUACCGUUACUGUGCUAUUUUUAGUGUCGACUACCUAAAAUACUUCCGGGGCUGGAAAUCGUUCAUUUGGGUGUUUUACUGUCUCUUUUUUGCUGUUCAAUGGCUCUAUGGUGUUCAUUAUAUGUUGAUCCCAGAUGAAACGACCAAAAGUUAUUUCAAACAAGAAAUAUUAGAUCGAUACAGUAUCCAAGACAACCAGGUUCCUCUCCGAGCUUUUAUGGCUUAUGACCCAGCAACUGGAGCCAUUCGUCUUCGGAAUACAAUGUUCACACUGAAUAUAACCAUAAUUAUGGGAGUACAAUAUGGCGUUAUGAUAUUUUGUGGGGUGACAAUGAAUCUGAAAAUGGAGGCAAGGAUUCGAAAUCUUUCAUCUGCACUGAAAAAACAUCACAAGCAACUGUUCAGGGCAUUGGUUUUCCAGAUAACUUCCCCCACAAUAUUCCUUUUCUCCCCACUUAUCAUGGUCAUUUAUCUUCCAUUCUUCAACAUUCAAUUGAGUUUUCCCGCUGGAGCAACAGUUUGUGCAUUUAAUUUCUAUCCGGCUAUGGAUGUGAUCAUAGUCAUGUGUGUAGUGACUGAAUACCGAGUUGCUGCUAAAAAAAUCUGGAUUUCGUGUUGGAAGCGAAGUGGAAGAUCUGAAGCGAGCUCUAGAGUAACUCAUCCGAUGACACAAGAAGCCUAUUAA